AUGACAUAUGUUCAUAAAGAGUGCCCUCGCCCGUUCAUCGUACAUCUCAAGCAAUCUUACCUCUCAUUAGCAACCCCGCACUCAUCGCCCAUCAUGCCUCUCACAUCAGAAGAAUGGGAGGAAAUCCGUCAAGAAAUUCCAUCGACGUCAGACCCUUUUGUGGCCAAGUACCUCAACGGUCGUGAGGCGCUCAUCGCUCAAGAAAAGAAAUCUCGCUCAGACGCAUCAUUCCGCGCCAACUCCUCACCGAUCGUUCGUCGCGCAGCUGCUAUCGUUGCCCGCAUUCGCGAGGAGGAGAAGAAGACGAUAUGGACCGGCCAGGCUGAGGAGGAUCUGGCCACCAGUGAGGGCCUGGCGCCUUUCCCGGGCAUGAUGUUCACACUGGCGAAGCCGCGCCUCGAGACAACCCGUCUGUGGCGCAUCGUGCAAAAAAUGCCAAAGGGAUCGUUACUCCACGCUCAUUUGGACGCCAUGGUUGACUUUGACUUCCUCUUCGACGUUUUGCUGAAGGAGCCGGGCAUGCACUUUGCGGCGGAUAUGCCUCUGUCAAACAAGUCUGCGUUAGCCUCCUCAGGCGUUUACUUCCGAUUCAGGAACGAGGAGACUAGCGAAUCGUCGGUUUGGGCAGAUGAUUAUGUCCCUGGAAAGUUUAGACUCUUGACCAAGACGGCGGAUGAGUUUCCCGAUGGCGGAAGAUCAGGGUUCCUCAAGUGGCUCAAGGGACGUUGCACGAUUUCUUUGACAGACAACGUGGAGCAACACCACGGUAUUGAUGCCAUUUGGCGCAAGUUUGCCGACUGCUUCUCAGUUAUCGACACCAUGAUUCACUACGAACCCAUUUUCCGCGCCUUCUUGAGGAGACUGAUGGCCUCACUGUUGGCUGAUGGCAUUUACUGGAUUGAGCUUAGAUUCACCUGGCCUCUCAACUACUGCCGCACCGGCGAAGAGGAGCCUGAGAAGGACCACAACCAUAUGUUCCAGGUCAUUGAGGAGGAAAUCGCCCUUUUCAAAUCCGACCCGGCGCAUGCCGCCUUCUGGGGCCUGCGCACUAUUUGGACUACACUCCGCUUCCUGCCUACGCACGACAUUAUUGAGAAUAUGGAACGUUGCAUCGCCACCAAAAUCGCCUGGCCGCAUUUGAUCGCAGGUUAUGACCUCGUCGCACAGGAAGACGCGGGCCGCCCUCUCCGCGAUCUUCUCCCCGAGCUCUUCUGGUUCCGCAAGCAGUGUGAGCAGGAGGAAAUCAACCUGCCCUUUUUCUUCCACGCGGGUGAGACCCUCGGUGACGGCGAUGAGACUGACCAGAAUCUCUUUGAUGCGGUACUCCUCGGUACCCGUCGUAUCGGCCACGGUUUCUCCCUCUACAAGCACCCUCUGCUCAUCGAUAUGGUCAAGGACAAGCGCAUUCUCAUUGAGAGCUGUCCCAUCAGUAACGAGGUCCUUCGUCUCUGCGGGUCUAUCAUGUCCCACCCGUUACCUGCGCUUCUGGCCCGCGGCGUGCCCUGUGCGCUAUGCAACGACGACCCUGCCAUCCUGGGUCAAGAUACGGCCGGCAUGUCGCAUGAUUACUGGCAGGCGCUCCAGGGAUGGGAGAACGUCGGGCUCGAAGGUCUGGGUUCGCUGGCUGAGAACAGCGUGAGGUGGUCCGCGUUCGAGGACGAGACCCCGGAACAGUGGACCGCGGGCAUCAAGGAGGCAAGUCUGGGCACGGGUGUUAAAGCCGAGAGGCUCAAGCAAUGGGCCACUGAGUGGGAGAAGUUCUGCCUCUGGAUCGUCGAAGAGUUCGGCGAGGAGUCGGAGAAAGCGUAA